GGGAUGGGGGGCGGGCGCAGAGGACCGCGGAGCCGGCCGGACACGGACAGCUCCGUCGCUCCCUCCCUCGGCUCAUCCCUGCGUCCCCACUUCCCUCCUCCCCUCGCUCUGAGCAGCAUCCUCUGCACACCCUCGGUCCUCACUCCCGCGUUCGUCCGGCUCCCGCGGCUCCGUGCACCCUCUCGCCCCUUCUACCCCAACCAUGACCGAAAUGAGCGAGAAGGAGAACGAACCGGAUGACGCGGCCACCCACACACCCCCGGGGACCGGCUCUGCCCUCCAGGAAACCAAGCUCCAGCGGUUCAAGCGCUCCUUUUCCCUCAAGACCAUCCUGCGAAGUAAGAGUGUGGAGAACUUCCUCCUCCGCUCGGGCUCUGAGCUCAAGUGCCCCACCGAGGUGCUGCUGACGCCCCCAACCCCGCUGCCCCCCCCUUCCCCACCAUCGGCACCCACAGACAGGGACCUAUCCACCCCAGCCCCCUCCCCCUGCCCAAUCCCACGCCCGCUGGUGCCACUCAAACCAGUGAGGCUGCACAGCUUCCAGGAACACGUCUUCAAGCGAGCCAGCCCCUGUGAGCUGUGCCACCAGCUCAUUGUGGGAAACUCCAAGCAGGGCUUGCGGUGUAAGACAUGCAAAGGCAGCGUCCACCUCUGGUGCUCCGAGGAGAUCUCCCACCAGCAAUGCCCAGGCAAGACGUCCUCCUCCUUCCGCCGAAACUUCAGCUCCCCGCUCCUGGUGCAUGAGCCGCCACCAGCCUGUGUCACAAGCAGACAGUCCCCACCCACGGGGGCCAGCGGGAAGGUAGACCCCGUCUACGAGACCCUGCGCUAUGGCACCUCCUUGGCACUGAUGAACCGCUCCAGCUUCAGCAGCACCUCUGAGUCCCCCACGCGGAGCCUGAGUGAGCUGACCGAGGAUGGGGAAGGCAGCAUCCGCAGCUCAGAAGAGGGCCCUGGUGACAGUGUGUUCACAGCCCCGGCCGAGAGCGAAGGGUCAGGAGCAGAGGAGAAGAGCCCUGGACAGCAGCCCCCCAAACCCCCCCUGCGGAAAGAUGUGGGGCCCAUGUACUCUUACGUCGCGCUCUACAAGUUUCUGCCCCAGGAAAACAAUGACCUGGCUCUACAGCCUGGAGACCGGAUCAUGCUGGUGGAUGACUCUAACGAGGACUGGUGGAAGGGCAAGACUGGUGACCGGGUCGGCUUCUUCCCAGCCAAUUUUGUGCAGCGGGUGAGGCCAGGCGAGAAUGUUUGGCGCUGCUGCCAACCAUUCUCCGGGAACAAGGAACAGGGCUACAUGAGCCUCAAGGAGAAUCAGAUCUGUGUGGGCAUGGGAAGGAGCAAGGAUGCUGACGGCUUCAUCCGCGUCAGCAGCGGCAAGAAGCGGGGCCUGGUGCCAGCCUAUGCCCUGACUGAGAUCUGAGAGGAGGCAAGAGGACCCAGAUGCCACCCCUGCCCAUGCCUGGCCCUCGCGUCUGGCCCCGGAGGGGGAGAAGGCAUCUGCCUACAUUUUUCCUCCCUCCGCCUCUCUCCUAGGGGCCACUCACCAUGGCUUGGGAGCCUUCUGCUGUGAGGAAGGUUUUAUUUCUUGGGUGGGGUGCCCUGAGGGGGUUGCUCCUCUGGGACUUGGGGGUGGAGGAGGAGGAGAAAGUGAGGGAGAGUGGGGAAGUUCCAGGUAGGUCCACCCAGUGCCAGGCACCCCCAGUCCCAUUGCCAUGCUGAGUCCAGCCCUGGGGGGUGUUCCUAGGGAACUUCCCUGCUGCUUCUUCCAGAGAGCCUUUCCGUGCCCACACCACCUUUGCAUGCCUGACACCUCCCCUCUGCUUAGGUCUAUGUGUGUGACCAUGCGGCUGCUUCUUUGGAAGUGCGGCCUUGGGAAGGUCCUUCCUGGGUCCCUCAGCCCUUCUGCCCUGGGCUGGGAGGGGUCUCAGGGCUGCAGGAGGGUCCUGAGUCCACCUCUUGGUCUCACCACCUCUGUCACUCCAUCAAUUCUCAGGAAAGUUCUGCAGGAAUCUCUCCCAUUACUUGAAACCUGGGCGGACAGAGGGGGGAAGGGCUGAGGUCUGGGGAGGGUGUGGCAAAUCAGACUGUCCCCUCAGGUAGAACAGUCACCCCAGAGCAGCCUCACCUUACCCUUGUCCACUGGAAAAGGACACCCAAGAACAGCGCGAACACAGACACCUGUCUGAGAACAAAAAACUGACUCAUGCUUGGUUCAAAACAACCCCCAUUUCCCUGUCAGGACUCUAAAAGCCCCCAAUGACAGGACCACCAGCCAGGGGAGACUGUGCUUCUCAGUUCCUGUCCAGGCCUCCCAGGCUCCCCCAGGAGCCCACCCUCAGGACUGACCUCACAAUGGCCCUUCCUCACCCCUCUCACCAGGCUCUGUGGGGGACAGGGCUGCUGUUUCGGGGAUCCAUUUUCUGGCUGUACCUGCUCCCUUAUCUUGGACACAGAGCCCUGGGAGGAAGAGGGAGUGGGAGACAGACAAAGGUGGAACAUCCUGUUUGGCCACCAGGAAAGGAAGGGGGUAGACACCCUGGGGGUGGGGUGGGUGCACAUAAAGAGGACCCCCCUCCCUUGCAGGUUGCUUUUCUCUGGUGCCAACCUCCCUCUUCCCCCAAGCUCAGAGCCUCCUCUUGUGCCCUUGAUCAUGCCAGCCAAUGCCACCCCCCAUCCUGGGCACAGUCACACCUUCCCAUGCAAGGGGAGGGACACAUCCUCCUCCCCACUGGCCCCUGCCCCACUUCUCCCCCGGCAGAGGGGGGGCUCAAGCCACACUGCCCUGUUUGCUGCCAUGAGGCCCCCCCAGCAAUGUCCCAGGGGCGGGCCCAAUGCCCACUGUACAUGAGGCUGCAUGACGGGUCUGCUGGAGCACUGCCCAGCCCCCAGACCCCUAAUUAAAUGUUUCUUGUCCCAA